AUGGCAUACCUUGCGGAGAUGUCGUCAGAUGUUCCUGGGUCAAAAGGGCCUGGCCUCUUAGAUUUGCCAAUCAGCUCCUACCGUGGGCCGGAUGUGAACCUUCCCUGGACUGUACUGCCCAACCUGCCUGUCGAUCUGCAACUUGAGGAUGUAGCAUCCAGACUGGAGAAGGCUCAGGAGGAACGCAGGAAGGUUGAAGAACAAGUUGCUUCCGGAAAGUAUCCGCUGAGCAUUGCUAGACCAAAGCGAAGCUCAGGUGCCAGCUCUGCCCUCACUGCUGGCAAUGCACAAAGGUUUCUGAGAGUACAGCAGGAUCCACGGCUUCAGGAGAUGCAAGAAGCUCUUUUGUCUCCAGAGCCUCCAGAAUUGGAUCAUCCCAGCGCAGGCAGCGAAACCAAAGCUGUUUGGCUUGUACAACUGCGACAGGGACUUCGAAAACUAAUAGAUGCUGUGCUUAUGAGCACCGAUCCCGAUGCAGCCGAGCGGCAGCUCGACGGGGCCUACAAGUGGUACAGAAACGCCAGACGCUCCGCGCACCAGGCGCUGUCUACAACAGGGCCAGGCUUCCACAAUUUUUGCGCAGACGAGGUGCUGAGGCACCCAGCUCCCCCGGGCUCUGCGUUCUUUGCUCCUGAGACCGGUGACACAGAGCGUCCCGGUGCCUCUUCAUCGCACGAUAGCCUCAAGCUCGAGGCCUUGAAAGAUACACUUCCAACAGUUGCUGGGCGCUACACAGUUCAGGUCAAGUUAGCUUCACCAAGGGAGCGCCUCAAGGACUUCAGCACAAGGCAGCUGGUGCGCCCGCUUACGGCCAGAAAACUGAAGGACUUGGAGCAGCGUGGAGAGCUGGAUCAUGAUAGACCGCUUACCCCGUCUACAACCUCUGGAGGCCUCACAGCUCGCUCCAUGGUCUCAGCCUCAGCAAGGUCACCAACCCCGGCUCACACUGCAGUCUCCCGACCGACGUCAGCCAUGAGCAUUGGUCAGACCACCAGUGGCCGCGCCGUGACGCCGCGAAGCACCGUGCGGCACAGGCCGCAGUCGGCUGCAUCGAAUGCCUCCACCGUGGCUGGCUUGCCACAAACACUGGAGGAGGAAAUGGUGCUUCAGCAUGCAAGCGAGAAUGACGACCACCUGCUGCCGUAUCCAUCAACAGAAGCUGAGCACAGGAUGGAGAAGCGAUGGCUUUCAAAGAGGAACCGCGCCAUCACAGACAAGGUGGUCGGGGAAGAGCAGCGUACAGCUGUUCGUGAUUGGGCGGAGCGCCGUGCGCGAGUGGAGGAAGAGAUUUCAAGAAAUGCAGAGGCCACGCGCUUUCAGUGUGCGCUGGAGAGACGAAGGUACGUGGAGCCAGCAGACGCGCUUGAGGACAUAGAUGCCACAGUCGCAGAUCAGGUGGAGGGGAGUGGGGGACGAAGCCGUGAACGUCAUAGCAGGAGGCCAAGCGAGCCGUGUCGUGUGGACGUCUCGCAGCCAAAAAGGUACUCCUUCCAGGUCAGCGCCCGUUUCGCCGAAAACGCAGAUAAGAGGCCAAAGGCCUUGAAUUCCAGGAUCGCGCACCUGCGGCGAAUACACGCCCAUUUACUCGAAGAUGAGCAUCGCUAUUCUGAGGAGGAAAAUGAAGACGAAGGCUUGGAGUACACUGGGACGCAUCCACAAGAUGAUGCGAAUGUCAUGCUGAGCGCAUAUGCUGCCAUAGAUGACGAUGCUGCAGCAGUUCCUCGAAUGGAGGACGACUCGAAUGUUUUGGUCGGCGUGUGUGAUUGGUGGGCAAGUCUUCAUCCACCCAUCCUCCCUCCGCAAGAUGGCACUGGCGUGACGCUGGACGAGAUCCGCUUCCAGCAGCUGCAAGAAGUGGAGGACAUCAAGAGAGUUUGUGCCAGCAGGAGCUACCCCGUCAACGUGGCAGUACUGGAGAGAGCGUUGGUCAUGCCUGCCCACAAGCUCAAUCCUGGACACCUCAACGGGAUUUAUAUCGUCAACACGAACCCGGACCUGCUGUCCAACCCAUUUCUUGCCAAGAAGAAGAAAACCAAGAAGAAAAAGAAGCUGGGGAAAGGCAAGAAGUCUCGCAGCACCUCAGCAAAGAGAGGGAAGCCUAAGUGA